AUGUUUAUCCUUCUUCUCACAGUGACACUCUUCCAAUGCUACUUUACAUUUGCAGGAAAUAAUUUUAUCCAAAAGGACACAGUUAUAAGUUACUGUGAAAAACCUAGCAAUAACUUGUGCGAAAAUGGUGGAACAUGUGUAAAUGUUGGUCCUAAUGACUACGAGUGUGUUUGCCUAAACGGUUAUUCCGGAAAGAACUGUUCAAGAGACGAAGAUGACUGCAUAGAAAAUUCAUGUGCUAUUGGAAGUACCUGUAUUGAUGGUAUAGCCAAAUAUACUUGCGCUUGUCCGCCAGGAAGAAUUGGGCUAUUUUGUCAUUUGGAUGACCCUUGUAUGCAGAAACCGUGUGGAAAUGGUUCCGAGUGCAUUCCGGACACAGCUAGUGGCGAGUUUUCUUGCAACUGCAUGAAAGGUACCACAGGUCAAAACUGCACCACUGAUAUAAACGAGUGUUUGGAGAAUGAAAAAUUGUGCUUCAAUGGUGGUAUAUGUGUGAACACAUUUGGUUCAUGGUACUGCGAUUGUCCUCUAGGAUAUAAUGAUCCUUACUGCAUGAUCCAUGAUAAUGAAUGCGAGCCAAAUCCGUGCCUUAAUGGCGCAUCUUGUCUCGACUAUGGCAAUCGUUAUGAAUGCAUCUGUCAAAAUACUUUUUAUGGCACUAAUUGUGAGAAGAUCUGCCCACCUGGUUUCGAAGGUCGGAUGUGCAAGCAGCAUCGUAUCUCACUAGAAAAUAAUCAUCUCGAAGAGUUAUUUGAGGAGCAGAUUUGUUUGCUUCAUAAUUGCUCAUCAAAAGCUGACAACAAUAUAUGUGAUUCAGAAUGCAACUAUCCAUCGUGCCAGUAUGAUGGAUUCGAUUGCACUGCUCAUUUACAACCGUUUCGGCUUUGUCCAUUUUCUGAUUUUUGCGGCCGAGUAUUCCACGAUAAUAAAUGCGAUUCGGUAUGUGAUCGUUUUGAAUGUCUGUUGGAUGGAUUCGAUUGUCACGAAAAAAGCGAAACAUGUUUGUUUGAAGAUUACUGUUCCGCUCGCUUCAAUGACGGAUAUUGCGAUUAUGAAUGCUUUACUGAAGAGUGCUAUUUUGAUGGCGUUGAUUGCACGCAGGAAAUUAAGUAUAAUAAGUUGGAAGGAGCUUUGAGUUUAAUAAUCCUUAUGAAGUCAGAUGAAUUUCUGAAACGCGCACCUGUCUUGCAAUUCAUCCUAAGCCAAGGUAUGCGAGCGAGAGUUACUAUUGCUGUUGAUCGGCAUAAUCAUAAACGACUUUAUUCAUGGAAAUCAGAUGCAAAAGGAUUGCAUGGUACAAAGGUAUACCUAAAUGUUGAAACAGCACAAUGUCGCAAAGGAGCUAACUGUCAACAUCAAAUUAGUAAUAUUGAACAAGCCGUUAAUUUCGUAGGUGCAAUGAGCGCAAACCAGUUGCUAUGGCGUGUCGGUGCACGAAUACACGCUGCUGAAGCUGAGCUAUCAUCCAGUACCACAAUUUGGAAGAAGUGGAUGGUUUAUACGCUUUCGGGUUUUGUGAUGCAAACAUUUGUGAUUGCCAUCUUAUUUACACUUCACAAAAAGCAUCGAAAUACUACGAGACAACUACAAAAGAAGGUUCAUGUGGUCGGGACGUGGUUCCCACCUACUCUGGAUGAUUAUUUUCCGCUAAAAUUGUUUAAAGAGAGUAAUGGAAAUAUCCAAAGUAAUGGUAUACCAAGCAAAAAAGUUAACGAAGAUGAACAAAAGCAUCAUUUUAUCGAAGUUUGUGUGAUUCCUGAUCCUGAAGAAGAAAAAAUAUGCAAAAGAAAGUGGACUGUGCUUCAUACUCAGGCAAUGGAUUCAUUUGCAAUCAAAACUCCGAUCGACAAAUUGCUUGUUAAUACGAAAAGUAAUGAUGGAAAAACCGCACUGAUGCUAACAGCUUUGAAUCAGGAAAAGGCUGAGGAGAUCAGUUGUACGGAUGUAGAGAAUUUGUUCUUAGCUGGAGCUCUUGUCGAUGCUGUCGAUGACUGUGGUCAGACGGCGUUAAUUAUGGCCAUAAAAGCAGGACGUGCUGAAGUAGUGAAAUGCUUGCUGCGAUUUGGUGCCGAUACUGCAAUAUCAGAUAUUCACAGUCGUACAACAUUACAUCACGCUGCUUCUAUAAAUGCAGCCGAUAUUAUUCGUAUUCUUCUUGAAACGGAAGAGAUAGAGGUAGAUGCGAUCGAUGAUGCAGACUGUAGUCCUCUGAUGACCGUGGCUAAGCUUGGCUAUCGAGAUCCUGAGGCAAUUGCUCUAUUGAUCGAUGCGGGGGCUGAUAUUAACUGUACUGGUAAUCAUGUCAAUGGUGAAAUGUACAAGGGCAGAACAGCACUUCAUUAUGCCAUAAUGCAAAGUAAUCAAGAAUUGGCAAGAUAUUUGGUGGAAAGAGGCGCUAAUUUGAAUAUUCAGGAUCACAUGGGACAAACACCACUGUUUUUGGCUGCUUCUCAGGGACAUGUUGAAAUGGUUCACAUGUUAGUGACCGCUGGCGCUCGACGAUACAUUCCUGAUAAUAUGGAUCAAACACCAGAAGAAAUUGCAAAUUACAAAGAAUACCGGGAAGUGGUUCAAUACUUCAGAAAUCUUCGAAUGCAAAACGACUCUGUGACAAAUGGGAAUGGAAGAUCAAAAAGCAGAAAUGUGAAGAAGCCACGACUCGUUACAAUAUCACCUACGCCGCUGGAGAUGAUAUUGAAUACAACUGCGAUGACACCCGAAAGCUCAAAUUCGUCGAAUUCUUCCAGUUUCUUUGAUCACUUUAAGGAAUACUAUAACCUGAGCUCACAUGUCCCAUGCGAAGUUAACGCCCAAGUUCCUAGUUUACCAAAUACUAUUCCGCAGCAAAAUUCACAGCACUUCGUCCAGAUACCAUAUUCUUCCAUGAAUCAUAUGGCUAAUCAAAACUACAAUAUGCGAAAUAGCUGCUUAACGAUUAAUGAGAAUAGGCCUGUAUCCUCAACAUCUCUUCUGGAAUUUGAACAUUAUGUAUAG